AUGACAGAACUGAUCAAAUACAUGCUAACAAGGCCAAUGUUGAGAGGCAGAAUUGGAAAAUGGACCCUUGCUUUGACAGAAUUUGCUUUAAGAUAUGUUCCUCAGAAAGCUCUCAAAGGACAAGUUGUGGUAGAUUUCCUAGCAGAUCAUCCAGGAGAAUUGAUUGAAAAUAUGGACUCUUUGGACAUAGCAAAUGCAAAUCUGUUGACUAGAGCUCAUACUUGCCUUAAUAAUCCCAUCUAUUCAGUUCACCUUACACCAUGGAAACUGUACUUUGAUGGAUCAAAGACUGAUGUAGCUUCUGGGGCAGGGAUUGUUUUAGAGGAGCCACUAAGGAUCAGACACUGUUAUUCUUUCCAGCUAGAUUUCAAGUGCACUAACAACAGGGCUGAAUAUGAGGCUUUAAUCAUUGGCCUAGAAAUGUUGGUGGAAUUAGUUAUCCAAUCUGUAGAAAUCCUGGGAGAUUCUAUGCUUGUGUUGGAAAAGAUCGUUGCAUAA